AUGACAAGUCUAUAUGAAUACAAACAUCCGAUUAUCAACAAGCAGCUGGCGUCAGGUUCGGAUGAUCACAGUGGCAGAAAGUUUCCUACUUUGAACGCUUGGUAUAGUGUUGUGAAUGACUAUGAGUUCCAGGCUCGAUGUCCCAUCAUUUUGAAAAACUCACAUAGGAACAAGCAUUUCACAUUUGCGUGUCAUUUGAAGGACUGUCCGUUCAAGGUUUUGCUGAGUUAUUGCGGGAACCAGCGGGGGUUGGAAAAUGAACAGCAGACCGAACACCAGCACCAGCAUCACGAGCUGAACCACUCGCUGGUGUCGUUGGAACGGAAGCCGAAGCUGGAGGAGCAAGAGGGCGUGAAGGAUGGAGGACAGCAGGGAGCCGCCGAGGGAGACGCGCGCAAGUACACGGAGGCGGACGCUGAAGACGAUGAUGUGAGCGCGGCUAUUGCGGCGGCGGUUGCCGCGGUACAGGACGUGCGGCAGAAGGACGGAGGGUUUGGCGAGGAGUAUGGGAACGGUGGGAGGGCGUCGGAGGGCGCAGUGAGAGGGCCGUUUGUGGUGACCAAGAUCGAGCCGUACCACAACCACCCGCUGGAGUCGAACUUGACGCUGAGCAAGUUUGUGUUGACCAAGGUGCCCCGGAUCCUGCAGCACGACCUGAACUUCGACCAGAUCCUCGAGAGUCUGUGCAACGAGGACGACAACACGGUGUCGAAGUUCAGGGUCUCGCAGUACGUGGAGGAGUCCGGGCUGUUGGACAUCCUGAAGGAGAGGUACGGGCUGACCGACGCGGAGAUCGAUAAGAAGCUGCUGUCGCACAUCUCGAGGCGUGUGACGACUUAUAAGGCGCGGUUCGUGCUGAAGAAAAAGAAGAACGGCGAGUACGGCAACGCUGGCGCGGCUCGCGGCCAGAAUGGAGCCGGCGCUCACGGGUAUCCGCGUCACGCCAGAGCUGCGGCAAUGGAGCAUCUAGGCCAUCCCGGCGGCGGCGUUGCAGACCACGGCGACUCCGGUCGGGUGAACGGUCGUCACUUGCAGUCGCUGCACGACGGGAACUUGAACCCCGAGUUGAACGAUGCGGAGGUGCAGGCGGCCCAAGCGGCUGCACAGGCCGCGAUUGGCGAAGCCGUGGCUCUCAAGAGGUCGGUUCAGCAGAUGGUCGGCGAUGACGAUGUGGAUGACGAUGCCUCCAGAAAGCGUCACAUGAUGAAACUGAGUACGUCGAUGGGUGGCAGUCUGGUCAACGACGACGGGUCACUCGUAGCGCUGGAUGACACGCAGGACGAUAAGCUACCGCGCGACGUGGCAGAGCAGUUGAGAUUACUGUCGUCGCAUUUCAAGGAGGUUGAAGCCCACAACCUAAACAAUUCUGGUUGCGAGCCGGACGAAGAGACUAAACUGGUAGUCAAGGAUGACAUUCCCGACGAGAACAUCCAGCCCGAGUUGAGAGGACAAUAG